AUGGGAAAGAAGAUUAUCAUAGACACUGAUCCGGGCAUCGACGAUAUCCUCGCCCUUUUGCUGGCUCUGUCCGCCACCCCGGAGGAGGUAGAGAUUCUUCUCAUCUCAUUGACAUUCGGUAAUAUCGAGAUAGAUAGCUGCCUCCGCAAUGCAGUGUCAAUGUUCCACAUCCUCGAGCGGGAGAUGCAGUGGCGCCGCGAGAAUGGCCGCCACGAAGGCUUCGGUAGCUUGAGAGCUUUCCGUCCUAUAUUGGCUGUUGGUGCAGAGGAACCACUCGAAAGCCAGAAAAUGCUCGCGGACUACUUCCAUGGAACGGACGGACUUGGUGGCAUUCACGCAACGCACCCACAUCUCACCGCCAAUAAGGCAUGGGUACACCUCUUCGCUAAAGAGCUGAACGGCGAGGGAAUCAAGCCUGCUGAGGACUGCUCAGGCCCCGAUGACCACGCAUUCACCCCAUCGAAGCUUCCAGCACACAAGGAGAUUCUCCGCGCACUCCGUGAUAAUGAGCCGGAUUCAGUGACUCUGGUAGCAGUUGGCCCACUCACUAAUCUGGCUUUGGCUGCAGCAGAAGACCCAGAGACGUUCCUCCGCGUGAAAGAGGUAGUAGUCAUGGGCGGUGCUGUUAACGAGCCCGGAAAUGUGACACCAAUGGGCGAGUUCAACGCCUACGCAGACGCAGUGGCAGCCGCACGUGUUUUCGCACUCACCUCGCCCAACCCACACACGACAAUCCCACCCACAAAGAGCGAUAGGCUCCCACCGUACCCCCGAAGUCUCAGCCGGCAACUGACUCUGCGUCUUUUCCCGCUGGACAUCACCCUCCGCCACAAUCUAUCACGCGGCGAGUUCCGGGAGGCCAUCACACCUCUUCUGGCUGCCGGCUCCCCACUCGCUGAGUGGGUCAAUGCCUUCAUGGGACACACAUUCAAGACCUUGGAGAGACUGCACCCAGGACAUGUUGGCGAUGAUGCCAAGCUGAGUCUGCACGACCCUGUGUGCGUCUGGUAUGCUUUGACAUCGGAAGACCCGAAGUGGGCUUACUCGAAGAACUCACCCGAGGAUAUUCGAAUUGACACCCUGGGUCAGUGGACUCGCGGCAUGUGCGUUAUUGACCGCCGCAGCCGCCACCGCAUCGAAGGUGAGGAGGAGAGCCCAAGUGACCAUGGUCUCUGGCUAAGUGGCCGUGCUGGAAAUCGCAUCUGGCGAAUGGAUGAGUCGCCUGUGGAGGAGAACUUUGGCAAGGUCAUCAUUGACAGGCUUUUCAAGUAA